UCCGCCCCACCGCUGGGCAGGAUGGGAGCUGACAACGGGAGUUGACAACUGGAGCUGCUGUGGAACGCGGAGAGGGGGCGGGCGGAGGCGCGCCCCUUAGGCUCCCCGGAGGAAUGAGCGGGGCAUCUCCGGCCGUGCUGCUGCUGGCCGCUGUGGUGCUGGGCGGCACGCUGCGGGCCCCCGGCGGCUCCCCGCAGCCAGAUUUAGACAAUAGAAAGCAUAUGGAGUUAAAGAUGGAUCAAUCUUUGCUACUCAUCCAUAAUGAACUCCCGGGAACAGACUUGAUAAUCUACUGGAAAUCUGAGCGGUGUUACCAGUGCUUGUUCCAGUUUCUGGUAAAUAUUUCUCAUGGUAGAAAACCUGGGAAGCCAGCCUUUGCAUCUGUCUCUGUCAGCACCCAGCACGGCUCCAUUCUGCAAAUUAAUAAUACAUUGGAAGAGAGGGAAGUUUGUAGGUUGGAAUAUAAAUUCGGAGAAUUUGGAAACUAUUCUCUCUUGGUAAAGCACACCCACAAUGGAAUCAAUGAAAUUGCCUGUGACCUGGUUGUUAAUAAGAAUCCAGUUGAUAGUAACCUUCCUGUGAGUGUUGCAUUUCUUGUUGGUCUAGUGCUCAUCAUCGCAAUAUCCUUCCUAAGGUUCUUGUUGAGUUUGGAAGAUUUUAAGUAUUGGGUUUCUAAGGCAAUAAAUUCUCAAGAAACUGAUCAUCUCAUCAAUUCUGACCUGGGAUCCCCCAGUGGGGCAGACCCACUCACUGGUGAUCCUCAACCAGAAGCACAGUGUGCAUCUGCCUCAGGCCACCGCCUCCGCUGCCUGGACACGUUCAGGGGGAUAGCUCUUGUCCUCAUGGUCUUCGUUAAUUACGGAGGAGGAAGAUAUUGGUACUUCAAACAUUCUAGCUGGAAUGGACUGACAGUGGCUGACCUUGUAUUCCCAUGGUUUGUAUUUAUUAUGGGAUCUUCAGUUUUUCUUUCAAUGACUUCUGUACUUCAGCGGGGAUGUUCAAAAUUCAAAUUACUGGGGAAAAUUGCAUGGAGGAGUUUCCUUUUAAUAUGUAUAGGAAUUGUCAUUGUGAAUCCCAAUUAUUGCCUUGGUCCAUUGUCUUGGGAUAAGGUACGAAUUCCUGGUGUGCUGCAGCGGUUGGGAGUUACAUACUUUGUGGUUGCUGUGUUGGAGCUCCUGUUUGCUAAACCCAUACCUGAAAAUUGUGUCUUGGAGAGAAGCUGCCCUUCCCUCCGAGACAUCACCUCCAGCUGGUCCCAAUGGCUCCUUAUUCUGCUGCUGGAAGGCAUUUGGCUGGGCUUGACAUUCUUAUUACCAGUUCCUGGAUGUCCUACUGGGUACCUUGGCCCUGGUGGUAUUGGAGACUUGGGGAAGUAUGCAAACUGUACUGGAGGAGCUGCCCGCUACAUUGACCACCUGCUACUAGGAAGUGAUCACUUGUACCAGCAUCCUUCUUCUACGGUGCUGUAUCACACUGAAGUGCCCUAUGAUCCAGAAGGAAUCUUAGGGACCAUCAACUCCAUUGUGAUGGCAUUUUUAGGAGUUCAGGCAGGAAAAAUACUGUUGUGUUACAAGGGUCAGACCAAAGACAUCCUCAUUAGAUUCACUGCCUGGUGUUGUGUUCUUGGACUUAUUUCUGUUGCUUUGACAAAAAUGUCUGAAAACAAAGGCUUUAUUCCAAUAAACAAAAAUCUCUGGUCCAUUUCCUAUGUCACCACACUGAGUGCUUUUGCCUUCUUUAUCCUGCUGGCACUGUACUUGGUUGUUGAUGUGAGGGCACUGUGGUCAGGAAUGCCAUUCUUCUAUCCAGGAAUGAAUUCUAUUCUGGUGUAUGUUGGCCACGAAGUGUUUGAGAACUACUUUCCCUUUCAAUGGAAGCUGGAUGAUAAUCAGUCACACAAAGAACAUUUAAUUCAGAAUAUAGUCGCCACUGCUCUGUGGGUGCUCAUUGCCUACAUUCUCUACAAAAAGAAGAUUUUUUUGAAAAUCUGAUAGCAGCUGCUGGAUUGGUUUCUUGUGGUCUCUUGCCACUUUUAAGAAAUCUUUCUCCCUGCCACCUGCUGAGAUGCUGUGCUGUGGCCUGGCCUGCGAGCGCUGCCGCUGUAUCCUGCCACUCAUGCUGCUCAGCGCCAUCAUCUUGGACAUCAUCGUGCUGACCGGCCGCGGGUGGCUGCAGUAAAGCACCCACAUGCAGACGUCGUGGCUGUGGUGGAAAUGUGUGGACAAGGAGGGCACCACCGGCUCCCCCACCGAGGGCUGCGAGAGCCUCAUGCAGUAUGCUUGGGGAAGAGCAGCUGUCACCAUGCUCUUCUGCGGCUUCAUCAUCCUGAUCAUGUUUCAUCCUCUCCUUCUUUGCCCUCUGCGGACCCCGGAUGCUCAUCUUCCUGAGAGUGAUCGGAGGCCUCCUGGCCCUGGCAGCUGUGUUCCAGAUCAUCUCCCUGGUUAUUUACCCUGUGAAGUACACCCAGACCUUCAACCUUCAUGCCAGCCCAGCGGUCCUUUACAUCUAUAACUGGGCCUAUGGUUUUGGGUGGGCAGCCACGAUUAUCAUGAUUGGCUGUGCUUUCUUCUGCUGCUGCCUGCCCAACUACGAAGACCUGCUGGGCAAUGCCAAGCCGAGGUACUUCUACACCUCUGCCUAAGGCAGAGGAGCGGGGCACGCUGAGAUGGUGCCAAGCAGGGGAGCCUUCUCGGGCUACCCAGCAUCUGUUUUGGCAGCAUCUGUGAGCUCCAGGCCACUGGAAACCUCUUCUAGCAGUGUUCAGAGUUAAAAUAGUUGGAAAUGCUAAAAUAGUUUUGGGGAAAAUAUUUUAAAAAUUGUGUUAUAGUUUCAUACUCCUCUAUGUUUUGUGAAAUUAACAAAAACAUGUUUAUUUUUGCUGGUUACUUACAAUAUGCCAGUGUUUCCUACAUCUAUCCAUAGCCUUUAUACUGCAUUUAUAAAAGAAAAUGAGCUUGAAGAGUAGAAAUGUGAAGGCUUCCAGGAUGUAGUAAUCUGCUCAAGUUUGGGGUUUCUUUUUUUCCCAGAUAGAAUGGACUAUUUCUAUGAAGAGCUAAAAGGAGGGAGAUACUGGUAAAAGUUGUCAGUAACUAAACAUUCUAAAAUAAAGAUAAAACAAAAACUGUU